UCAAUAAAAGGACGAGCGAACAACAGAAGCCGCUUCAGUCUCCGCUCUUCGUCUGCGUUAAGCUACUGCUUAGUUAGUUAGUUUAGAUUUAUUGCUUUUUUACACGUACUUUUAACUUCUUAACUUAUCUUUUAUUUAUCUGUCCGUCUGUACUCAACGUUAUCAAAAUGCUUUCUGCUCGCUCUCCUCUUUCCGUCAAGAAUGAAAACAAACUCAGCGGUCAGAUCAGCAACAUGUCGCUGGACAAAGAAAACACGCCGCCGAGCCUGAACACUACCCGCAUCUUGGCGUCUAAAACCGCGCGUAAAAUCUUCGACGAUCCUGCGCCCAAAGCUGUGAAGAAGAGCAGCAGUGAGGAGGAGCCGCUGCUGAAGGAAAACCCUCGCCGCUUUGUCAUCUUCCCCAUCCAGUACCACGACAUCUGGCAGAUGUACAAAAAGGCAGAGGCCUCUUUCUGGACUGCAGAGGAGGUGGAUCUGUCAAAGGACCUGCAGCACUGGGAGUCUCUGAAGGAUGAGGAGAGGUACUUCAUCUCUCACGUGUUGGCUUUCUUCGCUGCCAGUGACGGCAUCGUCAACGAGAAUCUGGUGGAGCGCUUCACCCAGGAAGUGCAGGUGACGGAGGCGAGGUGUUUCUAUGGUUUCCAGAUUGCCAUGGAGAACAUCCACUCAGAAAUGUACAGCCUCCUCAUCGACACCUACAUCAGGGAGCCCAAAGAGAGAGAAUACCUCUUCAACGCCAUCGAGACUCUGCCGUGUGUGAAGAAGAAGGCCGACUGGGCGCUCAACUGGAUCGGCAACAAGAGCGCCAACUACGGAGAGCGUGUGGUGGCCUUUGCUGCCGUGGAGGGAAUCUUCUUCUCUGGUUCCUUCGCUGCUAUCUUUUGGCUGAAGAAGAGAGGGCUGAUGCCCGGCCUGACCUUCUCCAACGAGCUCAUCAGCAGAGACGAGGGUCUGCACUGUGACUUCGCCUGUCUGAUGUUCAAACACCUGGUGAACAAGCCGUCCACAGAAACCGUCACCAGCAUCAUCAAGAACGCUGUGGAGAUCGAGCAGGAGUUCCUGACGGAGGCUCUGCCGGUGAAGCUGAUCGGGAUGAACUGCGAGCUGAUGAAGCAGUACAUCGAGUUUGUAGCUGACAGACUGAUGCUGGAGCUCGGCUUCACAAAGAUCUACCGGGUGGAGAACCCCUUCGACUUCAUGGAGAACAUCUCUCUGGAGGGAAAGACCAACUUCUUUGAGAAGCGGGUGGGCGAGUACCAGAGGAUGGGCGUGAUGUCCGGCCCCACAGACAACACAUUCAGGCUGGACGCUGACUUCUGAGGACCGAGGUGCGCCGAGUCACACUCAGUCACACAUAUCAGACUCCAUGCUUUGACUCUACACCACCGGAGGACACUGGGUGGAAGUUGAUGUCCUGUUAAGAACAGAUGGAGCAGAGAGCUUCCGCUGAAUCUCUAUCUGUGGAAAUACUCGGCUGUAGAGAAAGAUGGACUUGUGUUUAUGUAUCUGAUUGCUGCGCAGCUGACGGGUAGUUGAAAUAACAAAUGAGCUUUUCAGCCAAUCACAGUACAGACAGUAAGGACACUGCAGCCCACGGAUCUGUCCACAAACCAGGCGUAUUAUCUGGAUAACUGCUGAGUAAAAUAUGGAACUUGGUGAGAGUCACCAGUUAACCAGAUGACCUGGUAAAGCUUGGAUCAGAACUGCUGGUUUUAUGCUUUUUUCCCUUUUUCUUUGUAAACUAACUUUAUAGAGUUUGUUGUUUUAUUGAAUGUGUUACGAGCUAAUGUUUUUAGGUUAUUUUGUGUGUAAUUUGUACAGUUGUUUAGUUUUUUGUAAUAAAGUCAAAAGUACUUAU